AUGUUUACGCGUUUUAUUACAGGCUCCACCUUAAGGGUGUUGAGCGCAACCCCUCACUCAACCACAUUCUCUACCUUCCGUCUAGUUACCAACCGGUUCACUCGGCAACUUUCAAGUACUGCGACACGAGCCAAAAAAAAAGCAGGAAAUGAGGAUCCAAAUAUUGCUGCAACCACAAAGGCCCCUCAGGGUGCCUCGGGAAGCCAGGAAGGCCGAUUCGCGCGAACUGAUGAGAGCGUACAGAUUCCUUACCCACCUGAUAGCGAGAUGCCCGCUCAGCCAGUUGCCCAAGGUCGUGGUGGUAUGCACUUCAAGCGCACUCUGGACCUGUUUUCACUCGAGGGUAAAGUCAGUAUGGUGACGGGUGGUGCACGAGGAUUGGGAUUAGUUAUGGCACAAGGAUUGGUCAAUUCGGGCUCGGAUUUGGCCAUUGUUGAUUUGAAUGGAGCUGAGGCUAAGGAGCAAGCGGGGAAACUGAUGGAACAGUUUCGGAAGGAGAAUCCUGGUCUUGAGCAAAUGCCGAGGAUUACCGCACACUAUGCCGAUGUCGCAGAUCCAGACUCAGUAAACAGCGCACUAUCGGAAGUUCUAGCGAAACAUGGUCGAAUCGAUAAUCUUGUCACCUCAGCAGGAUUCACGGAGAAUUUUGAUGCGAUCAGCUACCCCUUUGACCGAAUGCAGAAGCUCUGGGGUGUGAAUGUGAAUGGCACAUACUUGUUUGCUACAGGUGUAGCCAAGCACUUGAUGGAACGCAAAGCACCCGGUAGCAUCGUCAUGAUCGGUUCCAUGUCCGGUGCUAUUGUCAACGUGCCCCAGCCUCAAGCUCCAUACAAUGCGUCCAAGGCAGCCGUCCGGCAGUUAGCAGCUUCCUUAGCUGUUGAGUGGGCUGCUCAUAAUAUCCGCGUCAACUGCAUUAGUCCAGGAUAUAUGCUGACAGCUCUUACACGCAAAAUCCUGGACGAGAAUCCAGAGCUGCGCGAUAAAUGGAUUUCGCUUAUCCCGGUCGGUAAGAUGGGUGUCCCUGAGGAUUUGAUGGGAGCUGUCACUUUCUUGCUUAGCGAUGCAUCGAAAUAUGUCACUGGUGCUGAGCUCCGUGUAGAUGGUGGCUACACUGUGACUUGA